AUGUCCGAUACACGAUUAUAUACCUUCUCGCAAGAGACAAAGGACGAGUUGCGAAAGUUCCGUCUUGGUACUUCGCGAGCAAAAGAUCCUCAAGCCAGAAUCUACAUUAUCGACCCCAAAUCAAAAGAAAUCCGCGCACAGAAGAACGAAGUCUACUCCAGUCUAGAAGACAUUGCCGAUGAACUCCCCGAUUCAUCGCCACGGUUUGUGUUGCUGAGCUAUCCUCAUACAUUGCCAUCCGGACGUUUGGCAGUACCAUAUGUUUUCCUUUACUAUCUUCCUGAGAAUUGUAACCCUUCUUCUCGCAUGAUGUAUGCUGGUGCCGUGGAGCUGUUCCGCAACACUGCGGAGGCCCAGCGUGUGAUUGAAGUUGAGAGCGAGUCGGAUGUGCUUGAUAUUGAGAAACGAUUGAAUAGUCCGAAUUAG